UUGGUGGGGGGGUGGGGAGGGCAGGAUUUAGGGUAGGGGCUGGAAAAGAGAGGAAGAUAAUAAACUUUAGCACCUUUUUAUCAGACUGUCUUACACAAAAGGCUACUUGAUUCUGGUUUCCCCUUUCAUUAGAUCACACUCCAAAAAUUCCUUUUUGAGCACUGAUUCUAACAUUCAGAAAUACCUCCUCUUCCCACUGUAUUUUCAUUUAGAACUAUGCUGAUAGAUUAAUACCAUGUUUUAUACAAAGUGCUAGGUUAUUACUGUAAUCAGGGGGAAAUUAUUUUAAAGGGGAACUGUGGCUUUCACUUAGACUUUCAAUCCAGUGAUUACUGUAAACUUUUAGUUACAAAAAAAAAAAUCUGAGAGUUUGCAAUUAAGAAGCUCUGGGGAAACGUUAAGUAAAUUUUAACUUCCCUUUGUUCUUUGGGAGUUUUUGUUGUCCCAGCUCUUUCUAACCUGAAUCUUGAUCUGGAAUGCAUUGUCCUAGGAGAAGAUUCCAUGCAGCGUAGAUGUAAAUACAGCCCCUCUUUCCUGUGUUAUGAAAUGCUGGCAUAUGGAACGAGCAGCCCCCCUUUCCCCAAGGUAAAAGGGGCUGAGCUUUCUUUUCUUUGCGAGAAGCUGAAAGAAGAGUUUGACCUUUGAACUCAGCCUCACACUUCCACGCUGCUUUCAGGAUGAUUAAAUAACCGAGGAUAUUUGCCCGUGUCUUAUGCUUAUUUAUCUCACUUUAAAUGUUGUAAUACUUCACCGUUGAGGUAUUGUCUUUAAAUAUAGCAGGACGAGCCUUUGGGUUGCAGCAGGGCUGCCAUGUGCCAGCUCAGCUCUCACUGGGGACACUCUGCCUUUCCACCCCCCCUCAGAGCCUUCCCACAUCUCAUCUCGGCAUCGUUUGCAGAUUGCUUUUAACUUUUAACCGACUUGGGGGCAUUUCUGAUCACCUCCCCCCCGACUUUCUAAGGUGACUUUAGAAAAAAAAAAGUUUUUCUUCCUGGUGCAUGAAUGCGCUGAGGGGAUUCUGCUGACUACUGUAUGCGUGCUUUGAGAGAGAUGUGACUCAUUCCACUGGAGAUUUGCAACUGAAUACAAAAGUAAGGAAAAGGAUAUGACCAAGCCGUGUAAGAUUCUCAACACAUGUUGUAUUUGAGGAUUACAAAAGCAUUUUUCAGCCUAAAUUUACCUAGGUUUUUAUGUGCUUCUAAACAGAAAGUUGCUCUCUCUAAAUAAUUUGCCUUUAGAAGUCAACUUUUUUUUUUUUUCCCUUCAGUGAAAUUGCCAAAUAGUCUCCUUUUGUUGCUGAUGAAGGGUGUUUAUGCCAAACGUGGGUGUAUGUCAAUGGGAAAAAUACAUAAAAACUUCUACUGUUAUAAUCAUAUGACUUUGGUCAGAGCAUAGUUUAUAGCUUAUCAUAAAUCUAGCACUCUUGAUUCUUCCUCCUUUUUUUUUUUUUUAAGCGGUGUGAUAAGAGCAGACUUUGCAGUUUCAAAGUAGAGCAGUGUACAUGCUGGGAAAAAUGAGUUUGAAAUUAAAAAUAUAGGUGACAUACGUGUUUGGAAACACAAUGAGAUGGAAUUGCUUAUCGGGCUGCCUUGAGGAUUUCAAAAGAAAAGAACAAGAGGAAAUGUGGGUAGAAUAUGCAGGGAAAUCUUUGUAGAUCAGGGUGACUUCAAGACUGGAGCAGAGAACCAUGCAAGCAGAAGUGAAUAAUUGACUGGAUGGUGCUUUUCUAUGUGCUGCAGAUUUUAUGUAACUAAAAGUAUCAAAGUCUGAGUUUGUUUAUGCGCAAUAGGUACACUUGCAUUUCUCACUGUAAUAAAGGGAGUGCAGUGUGCUCUGAUUGAGCUGCAUCAGGGAAACUGAGGCCUUUGUGUUGUGCCUGCACUUUAUUGUGAUAGCAGAGAGCUGGGUGGGUGGAAUCCCGGGGUUCUCCUUUGGUACUCAGGAUAAAGCAAAUUAGAUGUGCUUAGAUUUACACCAGGGACUGGCUCUGGGUACAGAAAAUGAUAUAAAGGAGGCCCAGAGAAGCCUCAAUUUCUGUUCACCUUUCCUGUUUGUUUCUAACUUCUUUUUGUUCUUAGGCUGGUAAACUUGGGCUCUGAAAUUGCCUGUUAGAGAGCUCAGCUUCUUGCAGAUGCCUCCUUCGCUUUUCAGGCCAGCGUGGCCCUGUGCAGCCCAGGCUGUUGGGUGCAUCACGCACACCCCUGCGGCCCACUGGGGAGGGGGAAUGUGAGGCCGAGGAGUUAAAAAGUCUCCAUCAGUCUCGGGGAGAUCUCCCACCUGCAUGGGAGAAGGGAGGCAGCUUUUGGAAGUGCCCGUUUCUGUCACUUUUCUAUUUUAGUACCUUCAGAUGCUGCUCCAGGGGAUGACUGAGCUACAAGUAAAUGUCUUUUCCCUGGACUCUGUUCCUUCUUCCAUAUUUCAAGACUGCCUUUUGCAAGCACCUAAUUGUGGUUGUGUUUGAGAGUGACUACUUCCCAGUGCCCUGCAGAGGACAGGGAUCAGGCAGUGCUCUGUUCUUCCAAGGGGCAGCACUUUGAGCUGUGCUGGGUGAGAGCUGGGUUCGGGCUUGAAGCCAGGUGAGAGCGCUAAGGGCACACUAAUGGCCUUAACAAAAGGAACUCCUUGGAAGUGACCACUUCUCUCAGAUUCAGGAGUAAAAUAAUCUCUUUUCCUGUUAUUUCACCUAUGCUGCCCAAAGGGAUGCAACUUGCCUGUAAUUGGUACAGAGGAACUCCUGGCUCUUGAGUAAUAAGGAAUUAAGUCUAAUUUGGUGAACUGAAUUUACCACUUCUUUGUAGUUGUGGCUGUUGGAGAGACCUUACAUCCCUCUGCCAAGAAGUAAAAAAGUCAAAUUUGCUUUUAAAGUCUCUGAAAAUACCUUCUUUUAAAUGAAAACCAAGACUAAACAUACAAGGCAGUCUGUGUAAGGUGAGACUGACUCAACAAUAAAAAUGUAUCACUCAUUCCACCGAGAGCCUUUACCUGCUGUGGAGAGAACAAUAAACUGUUUUGUAAGGUAAGGGGUCAUUGCCAGUUUAAGUGCGUGUAACUUCUUGAUUUAAUGAAGUUGCAUCAUCCUGCAGCAGUGGUGAAAUGUGUCCCAGACUUAUUUAAAAUAGGAUUAUUCUUGUUUCUUUCAGCUCUUCUCCAACAGGUAUUGGCCACUUCUGUUGUCUAGAGUACACUUUGGUUUUGUGGCUCCUGAGAAUAUGUUCUGAGAGUAUAUUCUCUCCUAAUCAGAGCGAAAAAGGAAAAAAAUCUGGCAGUUUGAGCAGUCCUUCUGAACUUUAAAAGUCAAUACUUACUUGUAGUACUUCCUCCUUUAAUGCCAAGAAUUAGUCUCUUUUAUAUUUGCUCUUGCUCAGUGGAGGAAAAACAUGUGCAGAAUGCUGCAAGCUUAUACGUUGCCUGCUUUAAAAGGCCUAAUUACAUCCUUUGAUAGAAGAGGCAUUCAGCUCUCGGAGGAGACACUCAGCUCAUCCAUCCUCUGCCAAACCCCUGGUAGACAUACAGCCUUCAAGAAAAAGGGACUCCAGGAAAAGGUUUUUGAGAGAAAGAGGAUAUCCUUUGUUUUUAUUAGUAUAGAUGUCUGAGAUGGGGGAGGGAGUUUUCCUAAUAUUGUUCAUUAUUAACUAUGAGUUAUUUUCCACUGGUGAUUAAAAUCCUGUUUGCGAGGCUUCAGGGGGAAAAUGACUCGUGUGUGUGUGUGUCUGUUUUAUCUGACUGCAAAAGGGCUUUCAACACAAAAUCUUUCUGAAGUGUGUGUGCAGAAAUGCUUGGAUAAUAACAGUCUCGAAUUCUCAGUAUGCCUCACUCUGGUUAUGUUCUUGUGAAUUGUUUUAGGAUCAUUGUGUUGGAAAUCUCUGGUGGGGUUAGAAGGAACUAUAACUGAGCGUGUCUCUUAGAGGGGAUAAAAAGGAUAAGCCAUGAAAGAGUUUAAGUUUAGGAUAAGUUUGAGAUCUUCAAGCCCGAAGGAUGAAGACUAAUGAGGGGGACUUCAAUUUGCAGAUGGAGGGAGUGGAAAUUCCAGUUUAGGGUCAUCUUUUAUGUUCUCUUUUCAACCUGAACAUCUUCGUUUUGAUCUUUCCUGCAACUGAAACAAACAACUCUCUUCCUCCCCUUCCUCCCCCUGAAUCUCCAUUUCCUUUACAAGUGCCGGUGUUAGUUCUUUAUCAGGCUGAACUGUUAACAAAGUAUAAAAACAGUUUUGUGCUUGCACAGUUGGUAUAAGAGGCUCGGUGUGCACGAGAAGCAGCCCUGGGAUCGCUCACGUGCUCCUCCUAACACAGAACGCUCUGGGAAGUUGUGUGAAAUGAUCUACUGUUAGAGAUGGGAGUAGCUCUUUCCCUCCCUAGAAAGCAGCAGAAUGCCCAGUAAUGAGGGAUAAUUCUUGUUUUCUGUGCUGCCUGGCACAGGCAGGUUUGAUCUGGGCUGACUUCAAGAACUUUCCGGUGUUGUCACUGGAGCCGUGGGCAUUGGACACUUGUAUUCUUUGAGAAAUAAGGUCAUGGUCUGUGGAGCAAAUAGUGCAUCAUCUUCCCUAGGAUCAGGCUGUCCCUGUGUCAGAGGGGGUGGCAGAGGGUUUGUGCCCGAGGAGGAAAGCCCCUCCUGCCCCGAGUGUGCCACGCGCCUUUCCGCUGAAGCGCGCAGAGGAAGUCCCGCGGUUGCCAUAAACCCCAGCUACCUGCAGAGACAAACCCCAAGUGUCACGCCGUGGACUUUGGAAAAGUGACUCACCUUUUGGGACAGUCGGUGCUGGAGUUUCCUUGUGGCACUGAACUUGGCCUUGAGUGUAUUUUACCCAAUGCAACUAUUUGAAAAGUUUGUGCAACAAAACUAAGUGCAACGGACUGUAUCUGUAGACUUGAAAAAUCUGAAGAAACAAUCCAAAAGAAAACCUCAUCCCAUCACUGAGAGAAUCUUUGGAUGCUUUUACUGGGAUGUGUGCAAGCACAUAAAGCUGAAGAAGAAACAAUUUUCUGCUGGUGGAAAAAAAAAAUUAAAAAUAAUUUUCCCGGCAGAGGUUUUCCAGCUGAGCAGACUUUUGAGCACAUGUUGGAGAACUCCACAAGUGUCCUUACUGUGAUCAGGGAGCACCCCCAGAGAAGUGCAGGCUGCCUUUAAGGGAUGUAAAAGGGAGCAGAAGGGAGGAAAGAUGCCCACGCAGCCUCUCCUGGCAUACAUGGACGGACCCGAGGGAAUCGCCAGCGCCGUGGGAGCCCAGAUGGAGACCAGCGACGCCUCCAUGACCAUCAAAGGAACCAACACCAUCUCCUACAAAAGCCUGCAGGAGAAGUUCCUGCUGCAGGCCGAGGGCUGCAUGCCCCUGGACUGCAUGUUCUGUGACGAGACUUUCAAGCACCCCGAGGAGCUGGGCAAGCACGUGUUGACUGAGCACAGGCCCACGCUGUGCGAGCCGGCCGUGCUCAGGGUGGAGGCCGAGUAUCUCAGCCCUCUGGAUAAGUGUCAGGUAAGAACCAGCUCGCCCUCACCGAGCAACGAGCAGGACAGCGAGGAGCUGAGCUGCAAAGUUUGUGGGCAAACGUUUGAUAAAGCUUUUGACAUUGAGGCGCACAUGAAAAAGCAUAAAGAUUCUUUCACUUAUUGGUGUAAUGUUUGUGGGCGAAGAUUUAAAGAGCCCUGGUUCCUCAAAAAUCAUAUGAGAACGCACACUGGAAAACCUGGUUCUAGAAACAAGCAUCAGCAAGGUUCUGAAGGCCCCAUAACAAUAAAUGAGGUGGUGCAGGAGCAUGUAACUGAAAAUGUAACGUCACCUUACAAAAUUUGUAUGGUUUGUGGUUUCCUAUUUCACAAUAAAGAGACUCUAAUUGAGCACAGUAAAGUGCAUACCAAAGAAUCAGUUCCCAACGGUGAAAGCCCCCAAGUGACUGCUGAAGUCAAUGCAGAAGAAACAUCUCAAAACCAGGAGUUUUUCCAAUUCUUGAACUUAAGACCAAAUUCAGUUCCAGAAAAGGACAAACUGCAGAAGCUCGCCAAGUGGAUCGCUGAGCUGGAUCCUUUCACCACCUAUCAAGCAUGGCAGCUGGCUACCAAAGGUAAAAUUGCAGUUGGCCACGGGCAGAUUAAAGAGCCUGGGCAAGAAGGAAGUACAGACAACGAUGAGUCAUCUUCAGAUAAAGAAGAACUCUGUGAAAUUUGGAAUGCAAAUAAAGGUAGCCAGGCUGAAACUACAGGGAAGUCAAAGGUAAAUAAAAACAGCAGUUUCACAGGGAAUGGUAACUUAACCCAGGACAAACUGAAACAUCCCGCUGGUGAAGUGCCUUCUAUGGAGAUGGAUUCUAAAUCAUCCCAGAACAAAGAGAAGCCAACCCACUGCUCUGAGUGUGGGAAAGCCUUCAGGACGUACCACCAGCUGGUCCUUCACUCCAGAGUGCACAAGAGGGACCGGCGGGGUGAUGGGGAGACUUCCACUGCUGCCAGGACCUACUGCGCCGACAUCAUCGGGAACCUGGAGGAGAACGGGGCAGCAGAGAGGAUGGAGGGAGGCUCUGAGGAUGGCUCUGAGGAUGGGCUUCCAGAAACAAUUAAUUUAGAUAAAAAUGAAGACAGUUUGGAAAGAACAAAAGUUAAAACCCUUGGAACCUCCAGAGAAUGCAGCUACUGUGGAAAGUAUUUUCGCUCCAAUUAUUACCUCAAUAUUCAUCUCAGAACUCAUACAGGUGAAAAGCCGUACAAAUGUGAAUUCUGCGAGUAUGCAGCAGCCCAGAAGACUUCCCUGAGGUAUCAUUUAGAGAGACACCACAAGGACAGGCACGGUGACAGUGCAGCUGAUGGGAAGGGUGACAGCAAAGGUUCCCUGCGGGGUCAGGAGACGGCGCUGUCGCUGGCUGCUGAUGCUGCUCCAGAAACCAAAAAUCUCAAGAGGCUUUUCGAUGGUGCCAAAGAUGCUGAGAGCUGCCCACCUGCCAAGCAGCAAAAGGAAGUUCUGUCCUUGAGCAACGCAAUGGGCAGCACAGUCUUUUUAAAAGUAAAGAACAAUCCCAGGGAAUCGAACAAAGGUUCUGUUUGUGGCGGUUUGAGUCAAGGACCUGAGAACGUGCCCGCUCCUUUCCCAGAGAAACUAAAGGCUGAGAAGGAAACCAAGGAAGCUCAGCCUAAAAGAGAGAGAAAGGCUUCUGUGGCAUCAGAGGAAGAUGAUGUCCAGUACAUCUGUGCUUUUAUUGGUGGGAAAAAUGUGAACAAUAUGCAAGAAUGCACUGAGAACUACAAACGCAGACCCGUCGUGGACUGUCACGAGCAGCCCUUGGACUUAUCCAGUAAGACUUCCCAGGAGUGUUCAGUGAUUGCAAGCAGAGGCCCGCUGGCCCCCAGCACCUGCCCCUUCUGUACCUACAGGACAUUUUACCCCGAGGUCCUCAUGAUGCACCAGAGGCUGAUGCACAAGUACAACCCUGACACCGUUAACAAGAACGGCUACAGGAGCAAGGCCGUGGCCAAGGCCCGGCGCACGGGCUGCCCCCCGGCCCUGCUGGGCAAGGACGUGCCUCCUCUGCCUCUCCAUCCCAGUAAAAACAAGGCUCCCGCAAAUCCACAGCCAAAGCCACUGCAGACGGGGAAGGCCAAGCAGUGUGCCCCUCCUCAGAACAAAGCCCCUCUCUUCUCCGCGAGCGAGUCGAGCAGUACAGCCCCGAGUAACCUCAAGUUUCAUAAACAGCAAAGCAACAUUGGAGCUCAGGCAAACAACUACAGACAACCUCAGCAAGAAGAAGUGCACUCCAGUUUCAGGAUCUCUCCAGUACUGGACAGAGUAAAAAAAUCUGAAUAUAAAAUCAAAGUUCUGGGUGCCCCAGUGACUCAGUCUGGUCUGGUCAGCAGCAGCGUGAAUGGGGUUCUGGAGUCUCACCUCAGUGAACCUGGCUGGGCUUGCCAGCGAGGGAGAGACUAUCUCUGUAGUAAAUCCGGGAGCAAUGCAAGCCUGGACUAUGGAGAAACCUCUUCCAAACGGAUGAAACCCUCUGUGGUGGCUGUGGAGCACCUGGACUCUCCUCUGGCCAAUUACAGGAGAUACGAAAUGAGCAGAUUUCGGGUUGCAAACAGAUAUGCAAAUCUGCUACCUCAGGAAUACCCUCGCACCAAACCCACAUCCUCUGUUCUGCCAAGCAAGCAAGGGCUCCUCAGAGCAGACGAUGGUGAUCCCCCCAAUGGACUGACUGCUCUCAAACCUUACGAGCCAUACAGCUGUGGAUCCCUUUAUGCUGCUUGUGGAUCUAGCAACGGCCAAGUCACCAGCUCGACAGGAGAAGGAAAGAGAUCAGUGUCAUACCAACACUUACCCAGCAGCCUGCUGCAGAAGAGAAGUUACGAGCCCUUUGUGGGGAGCACACCCUUCAGACCCAGUGACAAGAAGAACUGAAUCACUCGAGAAUGGUGUAAGGACACAAGUGCAUAUUCCAUGGAGUUAUUCCUGCAGUUCAUCCCCUGAGGAAGAGAAAAUGGUGAAAGCUACUGAACUAAGCUGUGAUUGUACUGUAUAUAGAAACACUACAGUUUUAUAAUAUUGGUUCUUUUAACAUUUUGUACCAAAUAGCCAUACAAAAGUAGUCUAAACAGUUGGGUUAUGAAGGUGUGUGGAGAAUGUAUAUCUUGACCUUGACUUUUGAGUAUUUUUCAUUAGAAUUAAUUGACCAAAUAUUAGGUAGGAGUUCUAUUUUUACAUACUUGAGCGCUGCUGAAGAGUUUCUCUUGGAAAGAAUAUAUAUCGUUGCACCUCAGGUAAACUGUAAAUAUUGAAGUUGAAAAUCCUGUUGGCGUAAUGCUCCUUUUUCAUAAAAGUGAAAGUUUCUCAUCUGUUGGGUUUUUUUUUUCCCUGUUGAACUGUUAGUUUUUUUAAAGUUCCAAAUAAACUGUCUGAAACUGUCCGGUUGAUAAAUGUCGUGAACAUUAAAGCAACGGUGCUGACAUUGAUCUGCCUUGGCUGGGUGAGGACCAGGCCGUGCUGGAGGGCUCUGCUGCUCUGGGGUUCUUUCCAGCUUUUAAAUGCAAGCAUGAGGCAAUACUUGACAUUUUGGAUUUCCUGAAAUGUGGCUGGAUUCUUCUCUUGGCACUGGUUGCUGUUCUUCAGAGAAGCCUCUUAAAAACACCUCUGCCACCAUCCAAACAGAAAAUCCCUGGGACUCGCUUGAGAAACAAUAAUAAUCUCCAUGUUCAAAUGUUUGGUUCUGUACUAAGCUCCACACAGACACAUUUCAAGAAAAAAACUCCUUUGCACCUUUGUCCAAAGCUGUAAAGUCUCGGUAAGAGCCUUGAAGUAUGAAUUUGGGUUCUGCAGACUGCAAAAGGGAUGUGGCUGUGAUGGAGCCUGCUUGACUGUGCUUGGAAGCUUCUUGAUGUCAAGUUUUAGCAUCUACUGGGUGUUUAAAAUGAGUGAGAAAUAACCUGUAAAUGGGAGAAUAUCUCCUUUUAUUUUUUUGUGAAGACAACAAGAGUUUUUUCUAAUGCACACGCAGUUUAAUUUUUGUAAAGGGAAGAUGGCCAGUUACCAGCCAGUAAAGCAGAACUGUUGCAUUUUUUAACUUGCCUUCCUCGUUUCUUCUCAUGAAGUUGUAGUUAAGAGUUAAUUCCUUCUGUACCUGGCUUUGACUUCCAUAUAUUUUAGUAAAACAAAACAAUUAAAUAUUUUGCACUGUUUGUUUUUCCUCUCUUCCCUCUUACAGCAAAUGUAAAAUAGCAGAACCUCUAGAAACUCUUGUUUUUUCAUUAUGCAACGUGAGAUGUUCCAGUUGUCUUAGUUCCUGUUCGUGGGACUGGUUUUAAUGUCUCUGUAAACUGGCAAUGGAAUGAAGUGCUGUGUAUCAGGAAAUUGUACACUAUUGACCUGUUUUCCUGUUCAUAAGCUGAGCCAUAUGUACAUAAUCUAGAUUUUUGUUUUCCUAGUUUUGCACUUUUAUAGGCUAUUUUUUGAAGAUGAAUUCACUUGGAAAAGGGUUAAUCUAUUUUUGUGUGUGAUCUCUCCCUGUCCCGGAGGUGCAGGGCUGUGCCACCCGGGGCAGGGCUGCUUUUUAACGUGUUGCAGCAAACAGACCUAAGGCUUGUUUGUUUUUUAAUCUCCCUUCAUGCUGGUACAGUUUCCCUCAAGGCUUUUUUUGGGGUUGGAAUGGAAAAAUGGACCUGAAGACUCCAUUCCAUGGCAGCAUCACCACACUUUGCCCAUCAGUAUUAACUAUUGGGAUACUACUGGUUUUGUAUGUUCCUUUGGAAAUAACAGUGCAUAUAUAGAGGUACAAAUUGUUGAUUUUUUUUUCCCUUUUUUUUUCCUUUUUUAAAUGUAUUUAUUUCAUUCCAUUUUGUUCUAUUUUAAUUGUUGGACCCGGAAGUCGGCAAGCAGCAGGCACACAUUACUCAUUUAAUUUAUGAUGUAUUUCACUUUAGUUGAGUAUAUUAUUACAUGUGGAUGUAAAUAUAGACUUGGUGUUUUGCAAAA